AUGUCUCGAGCAUAUUAUGGUGAUAAAAAACAACAACAUAAUAAAUAUUCAUAUUUAUUAGUUGAUAUCAAAAGACAAAAUUCCAAUGUAGCACUUGUUCAACUUAAUCUACCUAAAACAUUUAAUUGUCUAUCUAAUGGUCUAAUAAAAGAGUUGGCUACAUUAUUGGAACCACUUGAUAAUGAUGAUAAAAUUGCUUGUAUUUUUCUUACAGAUAGUACACGUGCAUUUGCUUCGGGUACUGAUAUCAAAGAAAUGCAGAACAAUACAAUAACGCAAAUUAUUCAUUCAGAUUUUUCUGAAAAAUUGUCAGCAGUAUCAAAAAUCAAAAAGCCAAUUAUUGCUGCUGUCAAUGGUUUAGCUUUAGGUGGUAGUUGUGAAUUAUCAAUGAUGUGUGAUAUUAUCUAUGCUGGUAACAAAGCAGACUUUAGUCAACCAGAAAUUAUUAUUGGUACCAUUCCAGGCGCUAAUGCCACUCAACGUUUGUCUCGUUAUGUCGGCAAAUCAAAAGCAAUGGAAAUUAUAUUAAAAGGCAAUCGAAUCAGCACUCAAGAAGCUGAACAAAUUGGUUUAGUCAAUACUGUUUUUCCAGCCGAUAAACUUGUUGAAGAGGCUAUUAAAACAGCUGAAUACAUAGCUAGUUACUCGAAAAUUGUUGCACAAUUAGCAAAAGAAUCAAUCAAUAGAGCAUUUGAAACAACCUUGACGGAGAGUAAUCAAUUCGAACGAUUCAAAAAUCUUCGUUAUCGUACGAUAUUUGGUUUGUUAAGUAUUCUGUUCUAUUUUCUUUAUAGUGAUUGUAGUAUUCAAACUGAUCAAUUUGUUAUCGAAGAUGAACAACAACAUCAUCAAACUAUAAUUCAUUUCAACAAUCUAAUAAUAGAUGUAAACAAAGGUACUGAAGUUGCAUCACCUUCGACAAAUAUAAAUACAACUAGAGAUGGACAAAUUUAUAGAACAUUCAAAUUUCCAUUUCUUCGUCUACCAAUCAUAACUGACAAUAAACCAUAUGAUUUGAACAAUAUUACAUGUGCCAAGUGUCAAUCACCUUUGAAGAUCAUUGCUGAAAAUCAAACUUUUAAAAUUGUUCAACAGCAAAAUGCUAAUGCUGAUGAUAUAAAUGAAAUCAUGUAUUGUCACAGAUUUUGUGAAGCUCAUCAACAUGAACAUAAACAUCAUCAUCAAUAUCAAUUACCUGUUCCUCUUGAUCUUCAUUCUGAGUUGAUUAUACUUGAAACUAUCGAAUGUUUGACUAUUGGCAAAGAAUAUUCAUCUUCAGAUUUAAUUCAUAAUGAACUUGUUCAAUGUAGUCAUUGUUCUUCAUGUCUUGGAUCAUUUGGUAUGUUAAAUUCAGCAUUCUCAUUACUUGAAACUUCUAUUUAA